CUCCCGUGCGUCCUGCGGGGGCGGAGGCGCGGAGAGGCGGCAAGCGCAGCCGGGGAAGGGGGUGGGGGGCCGAGGCACAGACAGAGUCGCGGAGGCUUGGAGAGGAGAAAGGAGACGGAGAGGGAGGGACGGAGCCCGGACAGCGGCGGACACGGCCUCGCGCGCCGGGAAGAGCGCAGCGCGCACCAGUCGCCGAGCGCCAGCACCGAGAGGGGCACCCCCGGGUGGUCUCCCGCCGUCCAUGCACAGAGCGCCCUCCCCCACUACCGAGCAGCCGCCGGGCGGAGGGGACUGCUCCCGCCGGACCCCGCAGCCCAGACUCAAGCCUAGUGCCCGAGUCAUGGCACUGCCUCGGACACUGGGGGAGCUGCAGCUGUACCGGGUCCUGCAGCGCGCCAAUCUUCUUUCCUACUAUGAGACCUUCAUCCAGCAGGGAGGAGACGACGUGCAGCAGCUGUGCGAGGCGGGUGAGGAGGAGUUCCUGGAGAUCAUGGCACUUGUGGGCAUGGCCACCAAGCCCCUCCAUGUCCGACGCCUACAGAAGGCACUGAGAGAGUGGGCCACCAAUCCAGGGCUCUUCAGCCAGCCCGUGCCUGCCGUACCCGUAUCCAGCAUUCCGCUUUUCAAGAUCUCCGAGACUGCGGGCUCCCGGAAAGGGAGCAUGAGCAACGGUCAUGGCAGUCCAGGGGAAAAGGCUGGCAGUGCUCGAAGUUUUAGCCCUAAGAGCCCCCUUGAACUUGGAGAGAAGCUGUCACCAGUGCCUGGGGGACCAGGGGCAGGAGACGCCCGAAUUUGGCCAGGCCGGAGCACUCCAGAGUCCGAUAUUGGGGCGGGAGGAGAAGAGGAGGCUGGUUCACCCCCUUUUUCCCCACCUGCAGGAGGAGGAGUCCCUGAGGGAACUGGGGCUGGAGGUUUGGCAGCAGCUGGGGCUGGGGGUGCUCCCGAUAGACUGGAGCCAGAGAUGGUGCGCAUGGUGGUGGAGAGUGUGGAGAGGAUCUUCCGGAGCUUCCCAAGGGGGGAUGCUGGGGAGGUGACUUCCCUGCUGAAGCUAAACAAGAAGCUGGCACGGAGUGUGGGGCACAUCUUUGAGAUGGAUGAUAACGACAGCCAGAAGGAGGAGGAGAUCCGCAAAUACAGCAUCAUCUACGGCCGCUUUGACUCUAAGCGGCGGGAGGGCAAGCAGCUUAGCUUGCAUGAGCUGACCAUCAAUGAGGCUGCUGCCCAGUUCUGCAUGAGGGACAACACGCUCCUCCUGCGGAGGGUAGAACUCUUCUCCUUAUCACGCCAAGUGGCUCGAGAGAGCACCUACCUGUCCUCCUUGAAGGGCUCCAGGCUCCACCCUGAAGAAUUGGGAGGCCCCCCACUGAAGAAGCUAAAACAGGAGGUUGGAGAGCAAAGUCACUCUGAAAUCCAGCAGCCUCCCCCAGGCCCUGAGUCCUAUGUGCCCCCAUACCGCCCCAGCCUGGAGGAAGACAGCGCCAGCCUGUCUGGGGAGAGUCUAGAUGGACACUUGCAGGCUGUGGGUUCAUGCCCAAGGCUGACGCCGCCCCCUGCUGACCUGCCUCUGGCAUUGCCAGCCCAUGGGCUGUGGAGCCGCCACAUCCUGCAGCAGACACUGAUGGAUGAGGGGCUGCGGCUAGCCCGCCUCGUCUCCCAUGACCGCGUGGGCCGCCUCAGCCCCUGUGUGCCUGCAAAGCCGCCUCUCGCAGAGUUCGAGGAAGGGCUGCUGGACCGAUGUCCUGCUCCAGGAUCCCAUCCGGCUCUUGUGGAAGGUCGAAGGAGCAGUGUGAAAGUGGAGGCUGAGGCCAGCCGGCAGUGAGGGACGGACUGGUGUCCUCACCGCCAGGCCCCUGGACUUCCGGCUUCCACAGAUCCCUACACUCUUCGUCCCUGGCAUCCGGUCACAACCCCAGAUCCUUCCUUUGCCCUUCUCCUGCCUCCCCAUCUGCUCCAUGGGCAUAGAACUAUGGGGCUUCAAGCAAUAAUGAGGAGGGGCCUGGCGAGAGGACACAAGGAGGGUGCGUGCUGCCCCUCACCCUUGCCCACGGCCCCGGGGGCAAGGACGCUGCUUCCAGGCCAUCUGGGGUUCUCCCCUCCCUUACACGACACACGUGGGCAAGGGUGUGCCCAUUCUCUAGUUUCAACCGGUGGUGUGAACAGUUGGACUUGGUUUGGACAUGGGGGAAAGGGAGACUUCCCUGGGAAGGUCCAGCAGCUAACAUGGAAGCAUUGCCCCCGGAAAUGGGGCCCAGGGACACUGGACCUGCUCCUCCACUCCUCCCCUCCCCCAUUUUUGUGCUUCUAGUUUGUAUCUUUAAUUUAACAAGUGCUGCAGUUUUCCCACUCAUCCCCAUCUUUCCCCCAAGUCUUCCUGCCCUGCCCUCUCUGGCAGGGGUGGUGAUGGAUGUGGGGACCCCUUCACCAGCCCCCGUGGGAGCCCUGGGUUGGACCCAGUAUCUCCCUAAGCUAGGGGCUGGCCCAUAGCACCUGUCUGAGCAGUUAGAGCAUUUUUCUUUUCAGAUCGUGUACAGUAGAUUAUUUAUUUUGUUAUUUUGGAAUAAAAUUUAUUUUAUGGCUUA